GUAAAAAACCUGUCCAAAGAUUUGGCUUUUUGUCACUGUUCCUCUUCUUUCUACUUCGUCCCCACGACAUGAGAUUCUUCUCUCUCUCUCUCUAGGGCCUGCCUCUCUCUCUAUAUAAUCUGAAUCUUCUUGUCUUUCUUCUUUCACAAUCUCUCAACUUAUAAGAACUAACUUCUUGAUUCCUCAUGGAUUCCUUUUAUAAGAUCUUAUGCAUCCUUGAAUGAUGUAAUCUUGCUUCCUCUCCAACCCGACCCGGAUCCGUAACCAGCUCUCAGACCCGGUUUAUUACCAUUCUUAAACCUCCAUUGAAAUUAAACUUCUUUUUGUUUCCCUUUCUCCUCUUUGAUCAUACCGUGUUGACCUUCAUCUUCUUUUGGUCUCCGCUCCAAGUUCCUGUAGAUACUUGAGGAAAUUUCUCAAAGUCUCGAUCUUUUGAUUCAGAAGAUUGGGAUAAAGUCAUCAGCUUUGGUAGUAACCAAUGGCGAGCAGGUUGGGUCAGAGAGUUCGGUUGGUGAAAUGCCCCAAGUGCUUAAAGAUUCUACAGGAAGACGAAGAUGUUCCUGUUUAUCAAUGUGGUGGUUGCUCAGCCAUUCUUCAAGCCAAAAGACGGAGCACUGCUCCAAAAACUGCACCAAGUGCAGGAGAAGCAGAGAGGGCUCAAGCCAGUGAGCCUUCAAACACUGCACCAAGUGCAGAAGAAACAAAAGGGGCUCAAGCUAGUGAGCUUCCAAGCACUCCACCAAGUGCAGGAGAAGCAGAGAAGGAUCAAGCCAGUGAGCAUCCAAACGCUGCACCAAGUGCUGGAGAAGCAGAGAGGGAUCAAGCCAGCGAGCCUCCAAACACUGCAACAAGUGCAGGGGAAGCAGAGAGGUCUCAAGCCAGUGAGCCUCCAAACGCUACACCAAGUGCAGGAGAAGCAGAGGGGGGUCAAGCCAGUGAGCAUCUAAACACUGCAACAAGUGGAGGAGAAGCAGAAGGGGUUCAAGCCAGUGAGUCUCCAAACACUGCACCAAGUGCAGGAGAAGGAGAGUGGGGUCAAGCCAGUGAGCCGCCAAGCGAUCCUGAAACCAACAAUGUGUCCAGCAGCUCAGGGCAGGACACGGUUCUUGCUUCACCCUCGGGCCAAGAAGAUGAGAAGGAUCAGGAUGGAUCCAUGGAGUCCACUGAGAAGCAGCUUGGUGGGCUAGAGUUAUCUGAAAGAGAGGAGAGGAACCAAAUCCAACUGCGCGAACUCUCACUUGGUGAUUCUGACAAGAAUGAAGGAGAAGACAACUCCAGCAGAUUGAAGUCUGAUAUGAAAUCCGUGGCUGGGACUAGCUCAGGAAGCUUGAAUGAUGAUCCUGUGAUGGAAGCAAGAAGAACUAGUGAUUCAUCUAGUGAUGCUUUCCAGAAGCUUGAAGCUGAAAUCUCUCCUGAUGCUUCUCCAAUUGAAGAGGAACAACAAGACCAAGAAGAUCAUGUUUGUCACCCUCACAGGGACUCAACAGAUGAUCUUCCUGCGAACAAGACUUCUUCUGCAUAUGAUGGGAGUAAGUCUUCCUCUGACGAAAGAGAAGACCAAGAAGAAAACCAACAAUGGAAUGCUCUUCAGAACGUAAGAUACCCUCAAAAUUUCAAGGAGCAAGGUGGAAGUUCCUCAUCCACUUUCUCUGACAAGAGGCCCAGUGGGACUACCACACACAAGGAACGGCAUCAGUACAAGUCUCUGCAACUUGAGGGGCCAGGAGGACGUCUUGGAAGACAAGGGAGGAGACAUGUCUCAGAACAACUUCGACCAGACGUGCCUUUAUAUCCGAGAGAACCAUACACACGUCUAAGCCCUUCUUCAUAUCCAUCACACGAUGUGUUUGAUCGGUAUUCCCGUGCACACUCGCUUCAAAUGCCUCCUCCAUACGAGGGUGUUGACCAUAUGUAUCACAACAACAACACAAGGGCAAGAGAACGGGGACAAGGGAGUAGGUUUUCAGGAGAGAUGACGAACCAUCCCGGUUGGUAUUCAAGUCAGAUGUAUAGCUCUUACAGCUCAUACUCCGCAAGUCCACAGAGAAUAAUGGAACAACAGCCUGAGUAUUAUCCGAGAUGGAGCCAUGAUAUAGUCUCUGAUGCUGAGGAUCAUCAGCGUACUAGACAUGAGGCCCGUCUUCGUCGACAACAGCCUGUGGCCAAGCGUCAUAUCCGUCCAACGGCCGGUGGAGCACCUUUCGUUAGCUGUUACAGCUGCUCAGCGAACCUACAGCUUCCUGUAGACUUUCUCAUCUUCAAGAGGAAGUAUCAUCUUCUCAGAUGCGGGACUUGCAACACUGUUCUCAGAUUCUCACUUCAGUCAAGAACUCAUUUGGUUCCUGCAGUAACACAUGACACAAACGCUAACAGGACUAGCAAUCCCGAAAACCCGAGCUCCUCUGCUGCUCAGGGAGAGGAAGAGGAAGAGGAGAUACCUGUGGCUAGAGGCUCUCCGCUUCAUCGGCUAAUGGGAUAUUCUACUGUAAGCCAAGUCUUUAAAGCUUCUCAGCGUCCUCCUUCUGUGUAAGAUCUCUCUGAUUCUGAUCAAGCAACGAGAAGCUAUUGCACUUUUCUAGAUCGAUAGUUUUGCCAAUUGGUUUUAUCAUUCUUUGUCUCACAUGUUUAUAGGUAAAAGAUUUGUUUUUGCA